AUGUAAGAAAAUACAUAGACUUUCGAAGCUAUCCAAUAAUUAUUGAAUACUAAUAAUAUCCAAUUCAAAUUAUUGAUUCAUGAACCUACUAAGACAUCGGAAGAAUCAGCCAAGGUGAGAGGAGUCUCCUUAGAUAGUGGAGCAAAAGCAAUGUUAUUAUAAAACAAAAAAACUUAACUUUUUAUAUUAUGUGUAAUGUCUGCUUCCAAGAAAUUAUCUUGGAAAUUAAUAAGAAAGCUCCUAGAUUGUAAAUAACUGGAUUUAGCUAAUGAACAAUAAGUCUAUGAAGUUACUAAGUGUGUCACUGGUGCAGUCCCUCCUUUCGGAAGUAUAUUCAAAGUUCAAACUUAUUUGGACCCAUCAUUAAUAACACAAGGAGAUUAGAUCAAUUUCAAUUGUGGACUUAGAACACACAGUGUUGCAAUGUCAAUUCAAGAUUAUUUAAAAAUAGAGAAUCCUAUAUAAUUGUAAUUCUGUGAAUGA